AAGCUAUUAGCAUUAAAUAGCGAAACGUCAGUAAAAACAAUAUCGUUUUGGGAAAUACAAAAAGCCUUUAUUCUAAUGAAUAUCACUUAACUAAUUUAAUGGAUUCACGUAAAAUGCUUUGCGAUCAACUACGUGCUAUUGAAAGCAAAAUAGAAGGUUGUCAACAAAAUGAUGAACCAUACGAUAUGUAUGUUAAUGAAAUGAACAGUCUAACAGAGACAAUUCAAUCACAAACACAACAGAUAAGUGAUGCUGGUGUACGAUCAUCAACUGAUGCAGGAGGUUGUUGUGGUGUCGCUGCAUCAGAUCCUGAUUGUCAGAUAUUAUCGUGUCGUUUAGUACAAUAA